AUGAGAAGAGCAUCAGCACAAGCCUGGCUCGCUUCUGCACCGAUCCUCACCUGUGCCGGGUCGUCCAUCCGCUCGGCCAGCCUUCUGCGCACUGCCACCAGACCCACGCUCCACGCUGCCUUCACCACCACUGCUGCCUCGACCACCCUUCGCCGCCUGGGGCUGAGCGGGCUCGCCCAGCCGCUGAGGGCGGGCCUCCGGUCCAAGACGCUGCCAGGCGGCCGACGUCGCUACUCCACCGAGGCCCCAGCCGCACCCGAGACUGCCAAGGUGGCGGAGACGCCAGCGUCCCUGGAAGCGCUGCGCGCCGAGUUCUACAAGUUCGAGAGGAAAGGCCUCAACUGGAAAGUGCCCGAGGCGGUGCUGUGGUUGAUGUUCUUCCAGUUCAUGGGCACGCCCUUAUACAGCGGCUGGCUCGAGCGCAACUCAUCGAUCAAGUUCGUCCGCCAGUACGUGGAGAGGCUGGAGAGCAUGGGCUUGCCCCGGGGCGACGACGACAACCCGCCGCCGAGCGUGCCCGGUUUCACCCGCAACCUGACAGACUGGGAGCGCACCGCCAAACACAGUGCGGCCUUCGUUGCCUCCCUCUCGGUGAUCGCGUUCCUCUGGGCGAGGCGACGCACGAGAGACAACUUCAACGACUUCGUCCUCUCGCGCGCCAUGGGUGAGUGGCCCGGGACCUAUACUGUCACCAUGAAGGACGUGGUGCGCAAGGGCGACACGCUCAAGAUCAAGGACAAGGGCCUCAAGAGCGUCAGGAGAGAUGUCGGCCGUCGUGCCGGCUUCAAAGCCGUGCAGGCCUCCGUCGGGCUGCUGCUCGCCUCGACCGCCUCCUCCUACGCAUUCACCACCUGGGUGGAUGCCAAGAUGAAGGAUGGGGUUAUCAGGUUCCGCCGCAGCGACGUGCGGCAGGGCGAGGCGGCGCUCACCCUGAUCCUGCUGUUCAACUUCCUCGUCAGCUGGGCCGUGCUGGUCUACCAGCCCUACACCAUCUUCCCCUUCGUCAUCAGCAACGUUCUCAUGUCAUACCUCCGCUUCACGGACAGCACGUACAAGCAUGUCACCCUGCCCAGCAAGGAGACGCCGGUUGUGACCGAGCACAAGGCGGUGGAGGAGGUGGACGGUGGCAAGGAGUUCAUCACCGUGACCGAGAAGAAGUCCGGGUCGGGCUACACCAGGACCGAGACGCGCGUGUUCGUUCCCGACGCCGCCGAAGCCGGCGGCAACGCCCAGCGCACGCUGGACACCACGACAAAGACCGACGCCUGA